CGUCGUGUAACACCUUUCAUUGUAUUGACUAUUGACUGAUUCUGAACACAGAGAAUAAUGUAUAAAGUUAAUUUAUCGUAUUAUUGUCUUAGUUCUUGUUAAAAUAUAUAGUAGUAUGUUUUAGUUUAAGUGGAAUAAUGCCUCCGUUUACGUGAAUGUGAAAGAAAGCAGCCCGUGGAGUGCUACGCGGCCAUUUUACUUGCAAUGCGGCAACGGUGUACGAUCCGCCAUUGGAAACGGCCAGUGUCUUUUUCUGAGUGCAAGAUUUAUAUUUCGUUGAAUAAAGCGGCGUAGAAACCACGGAUAACCAUGUGUGAUAAAAGUGUAGUGCGGACUUUAGUGUAGUGAAGCACGGUGGUCGGGUGUUUCGAAUAAUGUGUGAACGAUGGAAAACGAAGUGAAGCAGCGCAAUCAGAGAAACAGGCGAAGGGAGCGGGCACAGCGCAUGCAAGCACAGCGAGAGAGCAAAGUUAAGGAUGGAGACAGCGGCGAGGACGAGUCUCCGACGAGAGAGAAGCCGCCUCGUCCUCCUGCCAGGAGGAAAAAGUCGCGGGAGCCGCUGGGAGAAGAGGAUAUCAUCGAUGGUUUCGCCAUAAUGGCAUUUCGCACAUAUGAAGAUCUCGAGAUAUUGAUAACACUUAGUUCAAAAUACGUAAAGAGAGUCCUUAUAAGAUGUGCCAAGUGUCCCAAGUGGCGAGAAUCGCGAUGUCGAUGCGGCGCCGACGUCAGGGGAUAUUCGGCGGCGGGCGGCUGCGGGGCGGUCGCGACGUAUCUCGGCGAUCUGCCCGCGAUCGACCGCACAGCCUCUCGGCCAUCGCGAUCUAAUAGCCUGAAGAGUGCCGCAAGAGCCAAUGCUGCUGUAAAAUGCGCUUCCUCUCCUCGCACAAAUGCCCUGUCGACCAAGCCUCGUCUGCCUUUGGCGGCGCUGGCGGCCGAUUCAGGGCGAAAUCAUCCGCCCAACAACGUCAACUCUCAUGGUAUUACGCUGCUUCAAGACGCUGGUACGUCGGAUGACAGUGGACGGGCAUCAGAAAGACUCACUGGUAGUUCGGUGGCGCCUCGCGAUCCCGAUUCUUCCCGUGAUCGUCUUAGUGACUGUGAUAGCGAAGGCGACGAUGAUAAGGCAAGUACUUUGAUAUUAAUAUUCCUUCUCCAAACUUUACAGUUAAUUGUUCCAAACGAUAUUUACGAAUCGCGUAAAUUAAUUAAACCAGUCUUCAACUCCUCGACUCUUUGUGAGUUGGAAAAGUUGAAACAGAGCGUUGGAAAUAAAUGUCCGUGUAAUUCUACCGCAGCCACCAUAGUGAGGAUCAAAGAUUCUCCUAAGAACAAUGCAGAAGGCAGCAGCAAAAAGGAAAGCAAGAAAAAAAAUAAUAAACAAAAGAUUGAAGGUAACGGGUCGGUGACAGGCAACAAGAGUGAGAAGUCAGCCACUGCUGCUGUGAAGACGGACAAGGAAGGCAAAAGACCGUCGCCGACCAAAGAUGUGCCAGAGAAACAGGCAAGUCCCGAAAAUAGCAGAAAUGCUUCUCCAAGGUACCACGAUGCAUCAAUGGAAGAUGCGUCGGAUGCAGGCUCUCUUUUCCGGGUGGCAGGUGCGGCAGCUACGGGUGCAAGUGCCAAAAACGAACUUGUUGCUCGAGGCGGCAGCGGGGGCGCGCUCGCACUGUCGCGCGCGCCCGUCGGGGGCAGCGCCAGCCCCGCGCCGGCGCCGCUGCCACAGCCCGCGCCCUCGCCCGCGCCGGCAGCUCUACCGCCGCCUGCUCUCCCUCCGCCACCUUUCUGCGACACACCGCACAGGCCCAACGGCGCGCACAUACCGGCACUCGACGGUCACGCUGCAACACAAAUCCCAGCGCGACCGGUCGGCGCAGCUGGACCCGACACGCCCGAGCGACCCGCCAGCAACAGCAAGUUGCAGCCGGGCGCGAGAGCCUCUGCAGACAGUCCGACCCCCGCCCCUCCCGCACCUCCCGCCCCCUCUCCCUUAUUCCCUUCACAUACCGCCUAUCAAUCUCAGUCUCAAUCACACGCUGCCGCCGCGUUGCCUGACUACCGGCACACGAACCAUGAGACGCGAACCGAGCCGGCCGAGCAGCCCCCGGCGCCGCUGGACCUGCACACACACCACACAGCGCACCACCCGGCCCGGCCGCCGCACCUGGCGCCCAGCCCCGCGCAAGCGUCCCAUCCUAGUCUCCAGAGCCGCGUACCCCACUCGCAGGCGCAUCCAGUGAUGCCCGGCCAUGACGUCAGAAAUCAACCGGUCGUAGCUCAGACUCAUCCCUCCGUUCCUACCUCGUUUUCGAACCGCGUCAAUGGUGUGCCGCCAAGCGUAACACCACAUUCGACGCCGUCUUCAAUUCCGAGCUGUCUUCCGAGUCAAACUCUCACGGGACGGUCGCUCUCUCCGGCCGCGCCGACCUCUCGCCCCUACUCUACCCCGUCGAUCGGGUCUAGUCAUGUAAACUCCAGUAUAAGUUCCAGUAUUCACUCAAUAGCUUACCAGAGUCAGUCGAGUUUACAGAAACAUUCCGUUCAGCCUGUGUAUGCAAACCGACCGUCACAUCUCACACCCUUCAGCAUAUCUAACCACAUUUCAUCCAGUCAUAUUCCUUCUACGACAAGCCAAUCUUCAGUUCCCCUUAUAAAUCAUCCAAUAAACAGUCAUUCCGUUACGAGUCUUUCAAGUCAUUUACCUAUUGUCAACCCUAGUUCCUUACCAACGUCGACACCUAAUCACAUUGGUCCCCCUUCUACCUUAGCUUCUAUUACAAGUACCACGAUGUCUUCUUUCACCCCCAGCCUUAAGUCCCAUCCGGGUAUCAAUAUACCGCAACAGCCGACGUCUGUUGCGACACCAAUAUCGUCACAUUUACCUAGUAAUCACGUGGAUGCAUUACCCACAUCGAGUUGUACACCUACGGUGGUUACCCCGGUGUCGACAAAUAGCAGUGGCAACAGUAACCACCCUCUUCCACCUCCCAUAAUAGACUCGAGGCAACCUCCAGUAUCGUCUUGUGAACUGCCAGCUCGUACUGAGAGUCCGAUAGUGUCGUCUACUCUAGCUUCCAAUAGUUAUCCGCCCCCAGCAGUGUACUCCGGUUCAUCCUACCCUCCUUUGUAUACGCCGUAUGCCGCCACCAUGCAACACAGUCCUUACCUACCCCCUGCUGCGGCAUCGCCGAGAAACUCUGCUGACACGAGAACAAGUUUAUCAGCAUCACCUUUAGUCGCACCAAAAACCCCGAAGGGUGUUCGUCCUCACACGCCGGGCUCGACGGGCGCAGCUGGUGCAGCAAUCUCGUACUCUCCGCGCGGACACAGUCCAAACAGGGAACGCGAAAGUUUCAGCAGCAAUAUCGGCAGUUUGUCCCGCAGUACGCCGGCGUCCGCGGCGAGCUCUCUGCCGUCACUAGCGCCGUCGCUGGUCGCGCCACUAGUUGCACCGCUCGCCGCACCGCUAGCGACACCUUUAGCAGCACCAUUACCGGGUCCUCUGCCGGUAUCGCUGUCGGGUCCACUGCCAACACCACUGGUAGGUGCGUUAGGUGCACCCCUGGCGCCUACGCUGGGCGGGCCCCUGGCGCCUACCCUAGGCCCGGCCCUGUCGGCGCCGCUGGCAGCGCCCACGCCGACGCCGGCCGCGCCCACAGCACCGCACCUCACGCACUCGCUGGCGCCCGUACCCACCGUGCCUAGCAUCAGUUCUAGUGCCAAGCCGCCUGCGCACUGGGGGGUGACCAGGCCGACGGGUGCGGAGCGGCCUUCAGGUUUCGCGCCCGCUCCUCCAUUGUUUGGUGCUCCACUCCCACCACCUAAUCCCAAUCCGUUCUCGGCUGAAUCACUCUUUCAAAGCAGUCCGGGCGCAGAUCUGUUACGGCGCGAGCUAGACAGUCGGUUCCUGGCGGCGGCGGGCGCCGUGUCGGGCGGCGUGGCGGGCGCCAGCGUGCGCACCGAGAUGCACCACCACCAGCACCAGCACCAACACACGCACGUGCACCAGCACCCCGCGCCGCACGCGCCGCACGCGCCCCACGCGCCGCACGCCCCGCACGCGCCGCACGCGCCCCACCCGCCCCAUGCUCCGCACGCGCCCCACGCGCAUCCACAUCAACUACUCGUGCCGCAUGCGCCUCUGUUUAAAGACGUGAGCAAAAUGUCUUCACUAUAUCGGAGUGGUAUUGGACUUGGCUACCCGUAUUCAUCGAGUUUACUACACCCUACUGGACCCUACGUGCCUCCUACGCCACUUACCACAUACGCUCCGAAGAAAAGUGGAAAAUGGAACGCGAUGCACGUUAGGAUAGCUUGGGAGAUUUACAAUCACCAACAGAAGGAGAAGACCGGCGGUGGGGCCGCCGUGCCGGGCGCCGCCGACAAGGACAAGCUGCGAGCCUUCCCCGCCCCUGCGCCUCCCCCGCCCACGUACCGCUCGCCCUACGAGCUGCCGCCCUCGCCUUACCUGCCGCACCAUCCGCACCUAGGCGUGUCCCCCUUCGGACGCUACGGUCCCACGGCCUACCCCGGCGCGCCGCCCUUCGGGCUCACGGCGUACGGGCGCGAGCUGGCGCUGUCCUCCUCCUUGCAUGGCGUGCACCACGCGCCGCCACUCGGCGCGCUGCACGACGCCUGGCGCAACGUGCGCCCGCCCGCACCGCCCGCGCCCGACGCGCGCCGCGACCAUGAAGAGCGCGAGCGUGCGCGUCGGGAGCGGGACGAGCGCGAGCGGCGCGAGAGGGACGAGCGUGAGCGACGCAAGGCGCGCGAGCAGCGCGACCAGCGAGACCGCGACCUCGAGCGAGCACGCGCACGCUCGCCCCUCCGCAACGGUGCUGUCGAGGUCAAGGAUGAGCGCAAGGAACCUCCGCGUCAUCCGCCGCCGCCCUCGCUGGCUGCGUAUCCACCGCCCCCGCCGUGGGAUCCCUACCGUUCGUUCGAUCCGCUUCAACACAUGCGGUUCGCGCCGCUAGUAGAGGCGGCCAUACGAGCGGAAGAGGACCGUGCCAAGAUGCUGAGCGCCUACGCGCACCACCAGCAGAUGAAGUCAAGCCCACUACUGCACCGCGCGCUGCCGCCGCACGCUCCGUUGGCGCCGCUGGGGUCGCACGGGGCGCUGGCCCCGCUGGCGCCCCUGGCCCCGCCGCUAGCUCCCCUGGCGCCCUUAGACCUGCUCAAGAAGGAAGAGCCGCGAUGAUAGCGAUCAGGCGCAACAGCCGUGUCGCCGAGUGUGUACAUAGAGUAGCGUAAACGACGUCGCAAGUGAGAGUACGACUAAUUUAAUGUAUAUCGUUUCGCAUUAUCGGUUUAGAGAAUUAUUUAUUGUAACGUCGCUUACUGACGGUGUCGGUUCCGUCGGCCGGCCGUCUCGCCGGCUCGUUGUUGGGACGCUAAGGUAGUCGAGUGAGUGAGCAGGCGGCGAGGCGGAGUGAGAGUGGAGAGUGCGACGAGCUCGCUUUCUCUCUGUGUGCAAUAUUGGACGAGGACACUGGCCGCUCGUCGCCGCCGGCCUUGUACACUACUGCUUGUUUAUUUACAUGGAAAUAUCUAUCGAGUUGUUAUUGUGACCAUUAUUAGUUAAUUAUACAUGAAAAUUGCUGAUUAUUGUGAAGGAUAGGAUUAUCGAAAUCGCUAUCGAUAUAAUUAUACAUAUUUAUAUAUACUUAUAAAUAAACUGUAAAUAUUAGUUUGUAAAUUAGCGUUAAAGUAUAGAAUUGGUUUAUUUAACGUCAUACAAAAGAAAAUCCCAUAAAUUAUUAUUGCAUCGGGAGUUUAAUUUACACUUCCGUUAAAAAUCUCAAUGGUUUUUCAAUUGUACCAGUGGAGUUUUAUUUAUUUAUUUAUACUCCUAUUAGUGAACACAAUUUCAGGAAUAGCAGUUAUUUCGUUUAAAUGCAUUUAAAAUAUGUGAUAUUAUUGUAUUGUGAAAUACAUUUUGUCUGACUUCAAAGUAGUGUCUCAUCAGGUAUGUAGAUGUAACAGUUAUACAAUUAUGGCCGGAUUUGUAUUUAUCAGAAAUCAUGGUGUUCUCGGUUUAAGUAUUUGUGAGCAAGUGAAGUAAUCUAAAAUUAUUUGUUUAGCGACCUUAUUAUUAUGACAUGUACUAGUAAACUCUUAUGUGCCAUUGAAUCAUUAAUGAAAAGGCAUUGGGUCAGACAAAAUUGAAUUUAGGAUCUGUAACUACAGAUACAUUUAACGGUUUGUGUUCUUAAAAUCUCAGGAAUGACUCAGAAUUAUUAUAGUUUAUUCAAAAUCAUUCUGUAUACUAAAAGUAAAUGAAAGCUUGGUGCGAUUCAGAAAAUACCAUUAAAACUUUUGAUUUUUAUACCAACAUGAU